ACAGGAUUCAGAGACCAUCAUUUGAAUUUGCACAAGGCUCAGCCACAAGACUGGCUUGGACUGGUUGGAUUUGUUUUGGAAAUUAACAGUGCACAGACUAUAUCCCUAAACAGGACGGAGAUGGAGGAGAUUCCAGAAGACUUCCAAGAACAGAUGAAGAACCACGAGAUGGUGAACAACACUGCAUGUUCUCCCAAUGGCUUCCCAGAGGUUCCUCAUGUGCUCGGACAUGAGUCUGCAGCCCAGCGCUACACGGCAACACGUUUACGAGCAGGUUUUCCAGACAGGCAUCCUCUCUCCUCUCCCUGCAGUGAUACUCCGUGUGUAUGUAAUGGGCAUCCACAUUACAGAUCAGAACAGCAGUCUGUCCGAGACGGACUCACGGCGGAAGAGCUUUGCUCUAUGGGGGACGGUAUGACUUACAAUGACUUCCUGAUCUUGCCUGGCUUCAUUGACUUCACCUCAGAUGAAGUGGACCUGACCUCAGCAUUGACCAAGAAAAUCACACUGAAGACCCCACUCAUCUCCUCUCCUAUGGAUACUGUUACCGAAUCCUCAAUGGCCAUUGCCAUGGCACUGAUGGGAGGAAUUGGCAUCAUUCACCAUAAUUGCACACCAGAGUUUCAGGCCAACGAGGUGCGCAAAGUGAAGAGGUUUGAACAGGGUUUCAUCACUGAUCCAGUGGUCCUGAGUCCUCGUCACACUGUAGGUGAUGUACUUGAGGCAAAGGUUCGACACGGAUUCUCUGGAAUCCCCAUAACUGAGACAGGCAAGAUGGGCAGCAAACUGGUCGGCAUCGUCACGUCACGAGACAUUGAUUUCCUGUCUGAGAAGGAUCAUAACAAACCCCUCGAGGAGGCCAUGACUAAAAGAGAGGAUCUUGUAGUCGCUCCUGCUGGUGUCACACUAAAAGAAGCCAAUGACAUCCUGCAACGCAGCAAAAAAGGUAAACUGCCCAUCGUGAAUGACAAGGAUGAACUGGUGGCCAUAAUAGCCCGCACAGACCUGAAGAAGAACAGGGACUAUCCUCUGGCCUCCAAAGACUCCCGCAAACAGCUGCUGUGUGGCGCUGCCAUCGGCACCCGUGAAGACGAUAAAUACCGUCUGGACCUGCUCAUGCAGUCUGGGGUGGAUGUAGUGGUUUUGGAUUCGUCACAAGGCAAUUCCAUAUACCAGAUUAACAUGAUCCAUUACAUUAAGCAGAAGUACCCAGAUCUGCAGGUUGUGGGAGGGAAUGUGGUUACAGCUGCUCAGGGGAAGAACCUGAUCGACGCAGGGGCCGAUGCGUUGAGAGUGGGAAUGGGAUGUGGUUCUAUCUGCAUCACACAGGAAGUCAUGGCAUGUGGACGGCCUCAGGGUACCUCCGUGUACAAGGUGGCAGAGUACGCUCGGAGGUUUGGGGUGCCUGUCAUCGCAGAUGGGGGCAUCCAGACGGUCGGCCAUGUGGUGAAGGCACUGUCCCUGGGGGCAUCGACAGUUAUGAUGGGAUCUCUGUUGGCCGCCACCACAGAAGCUCCAGGGGAAUAUUUCUUUUCGGAUGGGGUGCGACUGAAGAAAUACAGAGGCAUGGGUUCACUAGAUGCCAUGGAGAAAAACGCCAGCAGCCAGAAACGAUACUUCAGCGAGGGCGAUAAGGUGAAGGUGGCUCAGGGAGUGUCGGGCUCAGUGCAGGACAAAGGCUCCAUCCAUAAAUUUGUCCCAUACCUCAUCGCUGGAAUCCAACACGGUUGCCAAGACAUUGGUGCAAAAAGCCUCUCUGUGCUUCGGUCCAUGAUGUAUUCCGGAGAGCUGAAGUUCGAGAAGCGGACCAUGUCUGCUCAGGUGGAGGGUGGCGUACAUGGACUUCACUCUUAUGAGAAACGUCUUUACUAAUGGAGCGGGGAGAACACGGAUGGGAAACGGCGACCAAACACCUCAGACAAAUCCUAGAACUUACCCCACCCUGCCAAAACCCAUUCUCUGCUCUUCACCGUUCCUCUGGCACGACAACCACAGUGAGAUAUGGAGAAGAGAAGUAUUAAAUGAGUUUGAGAGCAGGACCACAAACUAAUUCAGUCCCCCAAAACAUGGCAGUUGCAUUCAAGGGAGCACCAGGGUUACUAACAAGCUGCUUGUUUGUGUGUUUUUGCAGCUGUGUUAAUGAGCAGACUGGCAGAAACAAGGCGGCAUUUGCAGCGAAUAUUCUUGAAAGCCUUUUUUUCCUCCCAAACUGAUUCUUGCAACCAUGUUUUUGUCUUGAAUAUUUUUUAAGGCAACAUCAGUGUCUAUAUCACCAUAUCCACCUGCAAAAUGAUAGCUGCCUUCAAACCAAGUUCUCUAGUUAUACUUGAGGCAAUCUUUUCUGUAGUAGAUUUGUAACUACUGAAGAUGCUAUGAGAUAUAUUUUUAUUUUAGAAGGCAGAGGUACAUAGCAAAUUAAUGUCAAUUUUGUGAUAGUUAAAUGUCUAUUGUAUUAUUGGUGGGUCAGUUUUCUCUACGUCCACCAUCCCGCAUUCUGUAACUGUGGGUAUGAUUCAUACUGAAAAUAAUUAUACCAAAACUGAUUACUGUAGAUAUAUGUAGUUGCUCUGAGAGUGUCAUGCUAAUGUGUCUGGAUUGUAUUUUUGACCAAAAGGCUGGAACUUGUAUUGAAUGGUUUGAUGAUUAUCAAGGUCAAUUAUGGCUGACUUUUAAUGCAGUCUUUGAGGAAUUUUAAAGAAGAAUUAUGGGAUCUGGGUUAAUGCAGUUGUGACUCUGAGUGCUGUACAGGUAUGAAGAGUUUUCUUCUGCAUGCUGUAGUAUUCUUUUUUCUUUUUAAAUAUUAACUGAAAGUGCAUUUUUUUUGUUAACAUGACUAUUUAAUCUUCUAUAAAAGCCAAAUAAAUGCUGUGAGUAUCCUGGUCUUCUCUCAGGAUAUUUUUGUCCAUCUAAAUGUCCCCUACUGCUUUGCGUGGACCAGUGACAUGCCUUGAAUUGUGUAAUAAAUGAAGGACACAUCUGUCUUAACCCAAAACAUGCCACUCAUGCUCGCCAGAUCCUGUGGCUUCAUUUAACUAUCACUGCCAAAUGAAGCAUGUCAACCAUAUGAAUUUAAAUGAGUUUUUUUGUAAUACAUUUUCAGUACUAAUUGUUUAGCUUUUUGCAGUUUCUGCUAGGGGUUUGUUAUUUUAUAUCUUAGCAUUAAAUAUGUGGACAAUUAUUCAAGCUGUACAAAAUUCUCAGUAUAACGAUGUACAAAGACACACUUUGCAUCCUUUACUUCAACUGGAUGUUGUUUGUUAGUGUGUUGCUUUUCCCACAGUCACAGUCUCUGAAAACUCAAGAGCCAAGUUUGUUUACCGCCAGUGUACUCAACUGAGCUUGCAUAUCCUAUUCAAUAUUGUUUAAAAAAGAAAUAAAAGUACUUAAUCUGUUA